UACCCGUGGGGAAAAUAGCUACGUCAUUGUUCACCGACGGACUACCGCUGGAAAUAAGAAAUGGACCUACACGAAUAAUACAUUUAUGAAAAAUUACAGCAAUGAACAAUGACCAUAGUUGACAGAGCUUCAGAGAAGUCUGACCACGAGUCAGUCGGGUGCAAGCGCUCCGGAUCGCUGACCUUCCCUGGUGGCGACGGGAACGGGAUGGACGGCGGCUGCUCCAGCUGGGGGGCGGGGGGCCCCUCGUCCUCCGACACCCCCAGGGUGAAGACAGGGGGCUGCAUGGGCCCCACCCCUGGAGCCACUGUCUACAGCAGCAGUGCUGCCAUCACCGCAGACAGGCCCAAGGAGCAAGUGGUGAUGACCAGUGGGGACGGCAUCGCCUUGCCCCAGAAGGUGCUGUUCCCCGCUGAGCGGCUCAGCCUGAAGUGGAACCAGGUCCACCGCAUCGGAUCAGGUCUCCAGAACCUGGGAAACACCUGCUUCCUCAACUCGGCUCUGCAGUGUCUCACCUACACAGCUCCCCUCAGCAACUACAUGCUGUCCCGGGAGCACUCUAAAACAUGUCACGAACCUGGAUUCUGUAUGAUGUGCACCAUGCAGAAUCACAUCACCCAGGUCUUUGCCAACUCUGGGAACGUCAUCAAGCCCAUCGGAGUCCUCAAUGAGCUCAAACGGAUUGCAAAGCAUUUCCGUUUCGGCAGCCAAGAGGACGCCCAUGAGUUCCUGCGGUACACACUGGACGCUAUGCAAAAGUCCUGCCUGCCUGGAAGCAAAUUGGACAGGCAAACGCAGGCAACCAGUUUCAUCCAUCAAGUCUUUGGAGGGUAUCUAAGGUCCAGAGUAAAAUGUUUAAACUGCAAAGCAGUCUCUGACACGUUUGACCCUUAUUUGGAUGUCGCUUUGGAAAUAAAGACUGCUCCCAGUAUCACCAAAGCUCUGGAGCAGUUUGUUAAGCCUGAGCAGCUAGAUGGAGAGAAUGCCUACAAAUGCACUAAGUGUAAGAAGAUGGUUCCAGCCUCUAAGAGAUUCACCAUUCACCGCAGCUCCAACGUGCUCACCAUCUCACUGAAGCGCUUCGCCAACUACAACGGGGGCAAGAUUGCUAAGGACGUGAGGUAUCCUGAGUGCCUGGACCUGCGUCCAUUCAUGUCUCAGUCCCACGGGGAGCCUCAGGUCUAUGUGCUCUACGCUGUCCUGGUGCACUCUGGCUUCAGCUGUCACGCUGGACACUACUAUUGCUACGUCAAGGCUAGCAACGGCCAGUGGCACCAGAUGAAUGACUCCUCUGUGUCGGUCAGUGACAUCAGAUCAGUCCUCAACCAGCAGGCUUACGUCCUCUUCUACAUCAGGUCACCUGAUCUGAAGAACGGAGGGGACUACAACCACAUGAGUCGGCCCCCCGGACAGUCUUCCCCCCGCCCCAUCCUCACACCCCGGGUCAACAUUGGGCCACGACACACCAACACUGGCUUCAUAGGGCCACAGCUGCCCCCACACAUGGCCAAGAACACCUUUCACAUCAAUGGGAACGGCUCCCUAAGGGACUACCCCUCUGGCUCUAAGCCCAGCACCAGCAGUGGCGUCAGCAGCAGCAGCAUGGGCAAGACUAGCUACGGCCUGCUCUCUUCGUCGUCUUCCUCCUCCUCCUCCUCCUCUCAUCCUCUCAGCCAUCCCACAGGCAUCCCUGACACUGCCAAGCGCCAGAAGCUCUCCUUCUUCAUCGGUCAGGGCAAACAGAGCUGCCCCUCCUCAUCAUCCUCUUCCUCCUCUUUCGCCAAGCCGUCCUCCUGCUCUUCGUCACAGUUUACCUCAGACAUGCCCGCGCCCCGGGCUCCUCACGUUAACGGCACGCCCUCCGGUAACGGCAACGGUCACGGAGCCUCGUUCCUGGUGCCGUACGGCCAGGAGUCAUCGGAGGAGUCGGACCAGGAGGGAGGCAGCGGUCUGGAGAACGGCACGGCCAAGCCUCACGUUAACGGGAGGAAGGGAGGAACCGUCUACGGCCCCGUCCCCAGAGUUCUGGCCCUCAAGACCAACGGCAUCAGUAACAGCCAGGCCACCAUGCACCAUAAUGGGUCCGAGGCCAACGGGACUAAAGGCUUCUCCAAACUCAGCCAGAUUGGACAUCAGAACGGACACCACAAAGUCAAUGGCAUCAAACACCUGGAGAAGGUCAACGGCAGCGGUCAUGUAAUGUCUCCUGGGUUGGGUCCCAGCAUUUCUAAUGGGGCGGAGUCUCACCACAGUGGCCCAAGCAAUGAGGUGUAUAGCGCCAACCCCAGCCAGGCCAGCACCUCUCAGAGCCUGCAGAGUGCAGACAGCGACAGCCACAUCUCCCCGACACCAGAGAAAAGGACUAAAACUCACUCUGACCCCCUCCCUCACCACGCACCAUCAACCGCUGCUAACCCGCCAUCCUCAUUGGCAGAUGUUGGCGCUAAGCCACCUACCGAUGCCUUGAGGGAAUCCAGCUCCACCUCCAACCCUGGGGCCUUACCCCUCCAGCCCAACCCCCGCUCCCUCAGCACCCCAGUCUCCUCCCAGCCUCUCUCUGGACCAGGCCUGGGGGCCAUAAAAGGCCUAGGAGCACCACACAGCAGAUCUGGGGAGGACGUCAGGGAGAUCGAGAACAGCCCAGCAGCAGGGGUGGAUGGACGGCUGGACGGCAAGACCAGCUCCAGAGAGGGAAGAGACCGGAUGUAUUCUUCCGAUCGGAAUAAGGAGAAAGACGGGUUGAACUCUUCUGAUCGAGAUAAGGAGAGAGACCGACUAUAUUCUUCGGACCGUGAUAGGGAUCGAGAGCGGCUUUACUCUUCUGACCGGGAUAAAGACGGAGAAAGGAAUAGGUACCACCGUGACAGGAGCCGUGAACGCAACUGGGACCGUGACUCAGACCGCUAUCGACACCGGCGGGACCACCGAGACCGAGAACACCACCGGUCGUACCGUGAUCGCUCGGCCAGCCGGGACAGACACCGGGACUGGGAGUGUGAGCGUCGCUGGGAGAGGAACGCCUACCACCCCAGAGACCGGGACAGGGACCGCUGCCACCACCACCACCACUACCACAGACCCAGAGAGAACAGGGAGAGGGAAAGGAGGGAGCACAGCCUUCCUCACAGAGAGGAGCCUCACGGACGCUCGAGGUGGAGGGAGGAGAGGGGUGAAGGUAAGAGGGGUUACUACCCUUCACAGGAGGAGACCCCACUGAGCUCCAUCACCAAGCCCAGUCAGUCCCCCCCUCGCCCAGACCUCUCCCCAGCCAGACCAGCCCUGGAGAAACGACCCGAGCCUCUGAGAGAGGACAGCUCUGAGGAGCGUCGGGACAAGAAACAUAAGAAGAGCAAGAAGAAGAAGUCCAAGGACAAAGAGAGGCAUGGAGAGAAUGGGACCUCUAGCGUGGAUUCCUCUGACAGGGCUGCUGACGGCAGCAGGUACUCCAAACACAAGAAGAAGAAAAGGACGAGGAGGCACGACACGGAGGACGAGAAGUCGGGGGGUGAGACCCGCUCUACCCAGAGUUCCGAGGGGCACCGCGACCCCAACGCCCCCUGGGUGGGUCGCAGGGCGAACAGCAGCGACAAGGAGAGGGCGAGCAGGAAGCGACGUUACCAGGACGAUGAUGGCUAUGACAACAGCUACCCCGAGAAACGCCAUCGCUCUGAUGACCACGAAAAAGACCGCUCCUCCUCUCGCAAUGGAUCGCCAACAGCAACCCCUCACAACGCAUCACACCACAACCUCAACGGGCACACAGGUAAUUGCUUCAGUCGACCCAAUGGAAACUCCCACGGAUGUUCUACCAAUGGACUGUACAAUGAAUUACCUUAGACAUUAGAUUUUCUCUGUUUUGACCGGAGAGCAACAGAACAAUACUUGGAAUACUGUAAAAAUCAACCUUUAUGGAAAAGUGAAAUGCAACAGGAAUGUCAUCCCAAAUAUUUGAACGUGGUGCUGACUUAUUGGGAAUAUACUGUAUUUUUACCACACUAAAUGUUUUAAAGAUUCUAUUAGAUUCUUUUUUAAAGAGUUCUGGGUUUUUUCUCGGUAAACACUUGUCACUCAAUGGACAUUUAUGAUAAAUAAUUAAUAUAUACACGUGUAAACAAAAAAGAAGCCUGGAGCUUAACCAUCUCAACUGCUGCUCAGUGGAAGACUCAGGACUUUGUUAAAAUGAGACUUAUUCCUCUUCAGAGAACUGAUCCACUUGGUUAAAUAAUCGAAUAAGAACUGAAGGGGGGGGAAACUGUUUUUGUUGCCUAGGUAAUGACCUGUUUUGAUAUGACUUCAGUUGGCUGCAAGUUUAUCACCAUUAUCCACAUAUCUUUAUGGCUGGAGUUGUUGGUACCAAACUGUUUUCGCUUUGAUGAAAAGAAAAUGGAGGGAAACGUUAUGGAGGAGUGAGUACCGUCUGGAAGAGAAUGAGCUGGCCCAGGCCCCAUGCGGCUGGGCGGUUGUGACUACGUGUGCACUUAACACCACCACAUCUACCCUGACAGACAUGAGGACAUUGCCAGCUCUUUGUUGCUUUCGAUUGACUUUUUUUCUCUCUUUCUAAAGGCUACAAUUCUCUCUCAACCCGUCACUGGAGAAGAUUCCCUCCCUCUGCAUCCUCCUCUUUACUCGCUUUCACUGAGAUAUCAUUUCUAUCCUUAACUCAUUGAAGGAUUUAAAAAGGAUAAUAAUAAUCAUGUUAUCGCUUAUGGCUGUGGACCUGUUAGUUUUUAUUUUGUUUUUUUGCGCCCAAAAGAGUACUGUGAAUUUAAUUUUGAACUGUACUAUCAGUUAUUUUUUUAUACAUUAAAACAGUCCUGUAUCAGGAAUACCAAUAGAGAAUUUCUUUUUUUGUUUUAGAAUUCCCACAACAUAAUUUAGACCUUGUUCUAUGGACAUAAGUCAGUAAAAUGGGUAUGAUGGUUUGCUUUUGGUCUGCUUGGAUGGCUUCGUUUUUUUCUACCUAAAAAGACCAAAAAAUGUAAAUGGUUAUGUUAAUACCUUUUCUAGUUCUACAAUAGCAUGUCAAAUGUAUACAUUGUACAAGGUAUAUAAAACGCCUUAAUACAUUUGUUAAUGUCAUUGUUAUUAUUUUUGUUUCCAUAUUUUGUUUGUUGGAGUGAAUGCUGUUGAUUGAUUGGGCAUGUACACGCAGAUGGGAAAAGUUUCCACUAUUUUAUUGGACGGAUGGAGUAAUUUCUGACUUUUGGUAAAAAAAGAAUGCAUAUGAGUGAUUGUUUAAUUGGUUGCUUAGAUAAACUGAAAAACUUUGUGGAUUCAGGGCUAACAGUGGUUAGGUAAUUUUUCAUAUUGUUUCCAGGUUACACAAUGACAGUGUGGGAGUUCAAAACAGGACCUGGGUACAUAUUUCUUUUCCACACACAAUACAGACAGUGAAGCUAUAACCUAAAGACUAGAUUGGUGGGUAGGUAUCAGACUGGUCAGUUACACAGGAGAAGCUCUGGUCAUAUUUUAUUCAAAAUCCUCAUAACAUUUCAAAGGCUGCUGUAACAUUGAGAUUUUCUUGCGCUUUUACACAACUUUUGACUUGUUAAAGUUUCAUCUGUCAGUCUCACAACGGGGCGUUGUAGAUCCAAACCUUAGGGCUCUAUUCAAUCAGUAUCGCUGAAGCGUUAGACAUUGCGCUCUAUAAAUUGAGGUCAUUUCCAAUUGAGCCGACAUAUGCAGCGUUUACCGUGAAUGCAGUCUGCUAACGCAGGAACAUUGCCAUUUAAUUUAAAUCACGCUGUAACGCUGACUUCCGAGAUACAGAUUGAAUAGAGCCACUAGUGAGGAGUUUUCAACUUGACACCUUCCAAUGCAAAACCCAGCUGGCUUGGCUGUUCCAUUUAUCUGUUUAUUUUAGAAAUGAGGAAUUGUUUUGUUGGAGUUGAGGGUUUCUUCCACUGCAGUAUGUAAUCUGUAAUGCUCAUUGCUCAACUUUGAAAUGUGAACAAACGGGUGUAGGCUAGCCAUACAUAACCUUUUACAUGCUACAGAAACAAACUAUGUACAGUGUAUAUAUAAUGUAAAGGGGAAAACACUUUUGUAAUUAGAGAAAAUAAAUAUGAAAAACAAA